AUAGGGUUUGUGUCACCUACUGUGACGCCUACGUGAUGUUUAAUUCCACGUCACAAUGUGCCGGGGAGCCUCCACCUAGGACACCGCUUUCUGCCAGAAACGCCCUCGGAGGCUGCGGUGGUCUGGAUGGCUCACCUUUGCGCGUGUCCUCUGCGGCGAGAGAAGGGCUUCAUUCUGGAUGGGGUGGCCGUGAGCACCGUGGCCCGCUCCUACGAGCACCUGAGGCCCAAGCUCUGGUCCGCGAUUCCGCCCUACAACGCGCAGCAGGACCAACACUCCCGACGGUACUUCCGGAGCCCCGUGGUUCCGCCCGUCCUGCAGAAGACUGAGCAGGAUCACGGAGGCACAGGAAGGGAUGGCUGGAUAGUGGAUUAUUUCCACAUCUUUGGGCAAGGACAGAGAUACCUCAACAGGAGAAACUGGGCAGGGGCAGGGCAUUCUCUCCAGCAAGUGACCGGGCAUGACCACUAUAAUACCAAUCUGAAAGCAACCCAGGGGUUCAAUGGUCGGUUUGGCUAUCGCCGGAACACCCCAGCCCUUCGCUACUGCCCCUCUGUCUUUGGAGAGAUCACCCGGUUCCCUCUCUUUUAACAGCAGCGCUUCUCUUCGUGCUCCUCCACCUGAAUUUCUAAGAUGUGUAUAUGAACUCCCAGUGUUAUUUUAUAUUAAAACUUUUAUGUAAGUGCCUCA